CGAUAUAUUGUAUAAUAUACUUGCUUCGACAACAUAUUCGCAUAUCCGUCGAAUCGCCUAUCGUAUACACUUACUGAACAGAAAUAUAGAUCUAUAAUCAUGCCCAAGUCAAAGAGAAAUAGAAUCGUGACUGUAUCGGCGACCAAGUCCAAGGGCAUCGAGCUUAAAUCUGAUCUCGUGAAGCAGAUUAAGGACAGUGUAGAUGAGUAUAGCAAUCUGUUCGUAUUUACUGUACAGAAUAUGCGCAAUGCCAAGCUUAAGGAUGUACGCAACGAAUGGAGCCACAGUCGGUUCUAUUUCGGUCGCAACAAGAUCAUGGCAAAGGCCAUCGGAGACACCGUAGAGACCGAAGUAGCUGAAAAUAUUCACAAGGUAUCCAAACAGAUUGUUGGAGAUGUAGGACUUCUUUUCACAAACAAAACACUAGAGGAGGUGACUGAGUGGUUCGACCAAUAUUCGCAGUCUGACUACGCUCGUGCCGGCUGUGUGGCUGACAGGGAAUUUGUUAUCAAGGCUGGAGACCUAUCACAAUUCCCACAUAACAUGGAGCCCCAACUUCGAUCGCUGGGACUAAAGACGAGUAUGAAGAAGGGCGUGGUCACUUUGGACGAGGACUACGUUGUGUGCAAAUUUGGACAGACAUUGAGCCCCGAGCAAUGCCGCCUACUGAAAUUAUUCGCCGUGGAGAUGGUUCAGUUCCAAAUAACGCUCAAGUGUCACUGGAACCGCGAGGGCAAAUUUGCCCUGUUGGAUUCCGCCCAGUAGAGUAAAAAUUAUAAAAAAAAUUGUAUAUAAUUAGAAUAAAAAGACCUUAGAUAGCUUAAUAGUAGCCUCAACAACCGUGUUUGCACACAUGUGUGACCGCGUGACUGCAUAUUUGCCUCACUGGAUUCCGG